CCAUCUAUAUACACUAUAUUGCGAAAAGUAUUGGGACAUCCCUCCAUAUCAUUGGAUUCAGAUGUUCCAAUCACUUCCAUGGCCACAGGUGUAUAAAAUCAAGCACCAAGGCAUGCAGACUGCUUCUACAAACAUUUGUGAAAGAAUGGGUUGCACUCAGGAGCUCAGUGACUCCAAGCGUGGUACAGUGAUAGGUUGCCACUUGUGCAAUAAGUCCAUCCAUGAAAUUUCCUUGCUACUAAAUAUUCCACGGUCAACUGUUAGUGGCAUUAUAACAAAAGGUGGAAACAACUGGGAACAACAGCAACUCAGCCCGCCACUGGACUCUAGAGCAGUGGAGACGUGUUCUCUGGAGUGAUGAAUCGCGCAUCUCUGUCUGGCAAUCCGAUGGACGUGUCUGGGUUUGAUGGUUGCCAGGAGAACGGUACUUGCCUGACUGCAUUGUGCCAAGUGUAA